AUGAUGCUACCUUCUGCAUUUUCUGGCCAGAGGACGAAACGUCAGAUUGGUGCCUGGGGUAGCUGGGGUGAAUGGGGUGAGUGCAGCCGGAGCUGUGGCGGUGGAGUCAGCUUUCGGCAGCGGCGCUGCUACUCCCAGAGGACAGAAGGUGCUUCCAGUUGUGCUGGGCCAACCCGAAGCUAUAGGUCAUGCAAUGUUCAGAGCUGCCCAGAAGGCUCCCAGGAUUUCCGGGCAGAGCAAUGUGCAGAGUUUGAUGGGACAGAAUUCCAAGGAAAGAAAUACAAUUGGCUUCCAUAUUAUGGAGCACCAAAUAAGUGUGAGUUAAACUGUAUUCCCAAGGGAGAAAACUUCUACUACAGGCACAGGGAAACAGUGAUAGAUGGAACCACCUGUGAACCUGGCAAGAGGGACAUUUGUGUAGAUGGAGUUUGUCAGGCUGUUGGCUGUGACAACAUGCUGGGAUCUGCCAAGAAGGAGGACAAGUGCCUGCAGUGUGGAGGAGAUGGCAGCACCUGCUAUGGUGUGAAGGGCACUUUUGAUGUACCCAAUCUUCCCAAAGGUUACAAUCAAGUCUUCAUCAUUCCCGUGGGAGCCACCAGCAUUCAAAUUAAAGAAGUUAUGCCUAGCAGGAAUUUUCUGGCUGUCAAGAACGUUCGAGGGGAAUAUUAUCUGAACGGGCACUGGACCAUUGACUUCAGCCGAGCACUGCAGGUAGCCAGCACAGUCAUGCACUAUGAUCGUGGCUCAGAGGGGGAUCGGGCCCCAGAACUCCUCCAUGCCCGUGGGCCCACCACAGAACCUCUCAUCAUUGAGCUCAUCAACCAGGAGCCAAACCCAGGGAUACAGUAUGAGUACUACUUGCCCAUGGAAGGACAGGCUUCAGGUUACAGCUGGAGCUACGGUUCCUGGAGUGAGUGCAGCUCCCAGUGUGGAGGAGGUUCCCAAUCCCGCUUGGUGUUUUGUACCAUAGACAACGAAAUUUAUCCAGACUACAUGUGCAGGAAUAAACCAAAACCAGAGAAUAACAGGACGUGUGGCCAGCAGGCUUGUCCCCAGACCAAACGGACUUCUUACAUCUAUCUGCCACAAGCCUGGAGCCGCAGUGGAGCCCGGAGCUCUCAGCUGAAGAGGUGGAAGACAGGAGAGUGGGGCCCCUGCUCAGCCACCUGUGGAGGGGGCACCCAGACUCGGUCCGUGUACUGCGUGGCGUUUGAUGGUCAGAGCUCCCAAGGGGUGGUGGAUAACUCGGAGUGCAUGGCCUUUGCACAGCAGCCUCGCAGCAGUCAGCCCUGCAACAUCAGGCAGUGUGCAACCUGGAGCACGGGGCCCUGGUCAGAGUGCUCAGCCAGCUGUGGGGAAGGGGUCCAGACCCGGACUGUCACCUGCAGAACCCAGCAGGGCACUCAGGCUCAGGACUUUGCUUGCCUAAUGGAGCCAAAGCCAUCAGCCACUCAGCCCUGCCUUAAGGAGAACUGCAUCCAGGAAAUCAGCUGGCACGUUGGAGACUGGGGCCUGUGUUCCAAGAGCUGCAACUCGGGCAUCCGGACGCGCCAGGUCACCUGUGCUGAUGGGGACUCCAAAUUCUACAGUCCUGAGACAUGCAAAGCCAUCCAGCCACAGAAACCAGCCACCCUGGGAAGCUGCAACACGCAGCCCUGCUACCUGCCACAGCAGGUCCCCAGUGUGCAGGACACUAUGGGAUAUGAUGCCACUCGCCAGUCCUUGCUGACACGCUAUAGCCCAAACAGGCCUGCCACAGAUUCUGGUGAUGAAAGGACGGUUCCUGGUAGCUCCAGGAUCCUUAACACCUCUGGGAAUCACCACCUCCCACCCACCAAGGACCAUGGCAUCAACUUGUUGCCUGCUCACUGGAAAUCCCAAUCACGCUCAUCAGGUUCCCAUCAGCUCAGCUUCUCCCAGGACCCCAGUGCAAGAACUGGCUCUCAGGAAUGUCACCAGAGCCCACAUGGAUGCUGUCCAGAUGGACACACUCCAGCUUCAGGCCCUCUGGGGAGAGGUUGCACCUUCAGCACUUGUCACCAAAACAGGUAUGGGUGCUGUCCUGAUGGAGUAUCGGCUGCUCAGGGUCCAAACAACAUGGGAUGCCCUCAAUAUUACCGAGAUACUCAGGUCAGCAGAAAUCAUCCCACUGCAGCCUCUCCAACAGCAAGCCAAGCUCUGUCCCAGAUGCACCCCGCGGGCGAGUGCCGCAGCUCGGUGUACGGCUGCUGCUUUGACAAUGUUGCUUCAGCUUCAGGUCCUCGAGGGGAAGGAUGUCUCAAUAGGCCCAGCUACCCAUAUCCUGUCAUGUGCCUGUUGCCCAGUGCCCAUGGCCCCUGUGCAAACUGGACCACUCGCUGGUACUUUGUGGCUGUUGUUGGCAAGUGCAACCGGUUUUGGUACGGAGGCUGUCACGGCAACAAAAACAGCUUUUCCUCAGAGGAGGAGUGCAUGAGAACAUGCCACAGCCCUGUGGGUGUCAGUCCCCUGGAGCACCAGCCCUCUUCUGGUGCCCUGCAACGCCAGCAAACUGCCUCCCACCCUCCUACAGAAGAUGCUCGGAGUCAGCAGCAGCCACCCCCGAGGGAGUCUGCAGGACACGGCCAAGAAGGAAGAGCCCACAGGGCUUCACACCUCACCCAGGACAGCCGGAGAAGUGAGGUGCUGCCAGAGUCUUUGCCAAGGACUGGUGUGCUGGAGAGCCAGGGCUGGGGGGCCCAGAGGAGCAGGCUGGACAGUCGGAACCAGCAGCACCCAUGGGAAACAGCAGCGCCCGGGGGGCAGCGCAGCAGUGGCCGGCAGGUGCUGCCCGGGGAAGGCAAGCAGGGGCAUAAGGCUCUUGGAGCAGAUGUUUCCAUGGCAGAGGGAUUUGGGCACCUGGCAUCUGCAGGCUCACUCCCAGCAGGACCUCUGCGCAGAGCCAUCCUGGAGGAAGCCAAGCCCUCUCUUGUGACAGCAGCAGUGGGACAAAACAUUCAGCUCAUCUGCAAGACAGGCAUGUCCCCCUUCUCCAGAGUGCAGUGGAUGAAGGAUGGCAGACCAGUCUCUUCAGACAGGCACACCCAGCAGUCUGACAGCUCCUUAGUGAUCACCCACGUCAAGCCAGAGGAUGCUGGGACUUACAGAUGCCUCGUGUCUGACGGGAGGGCAGAGAGCCGACAGAUCCAGUUGCAGAUCAGAGAGUACCAGAGCACUGUUCUGGCAGAGGGUGAGAGAGGUCAGGUCCCUCACAGGGGAAGUGAGCAGCAUGGAGAGCAUUCCAGAGGCAGGAAGGUUGUCCAGGCAGCUGGUUCCUCUGUGCAUCAGCACCUCACCUACAGAUUGAGAAUGGAUAAGAGUGAGCCCUCAGUAGUGGAAGCCAGCAUCGGGGAGGGAGCCAGACUGCCCUGCACCGUGGAAGCAUCACCAGCUCUCACCAUUGAGUGGCAGAAAGAUGGGAAGCCCCUCGCCUCCCCCAGGUACAGGCAGCAGUCAGAUGGGGCCCUGGUGAUCAGCCGGGUCAGCUCUGGAGACAUGGGCUUCUUUACCUGCAUUGCCUCAAAUGGACGGGACCAGGACCAGCGCCGGGUCCUGUUUCGACCUCUAGGAGUGCUGAAGAUCACUGGCCUUCUGCCAAGCAUCACAGUUCCUGAGGGAGGGACUGCUCAGCUUCAUUGUACAGUGACUAGCAACAAUGUGAAUAUAAGGUGGUCAAGGAAUGGAGUCCCCAUGCGGGCAGAUGGCCACCACAUCCACCUGUCCCCCAAUGGAAGCCUGAUCAUCAACAACGUUCAAGAGGCUGAUGAGGGAUCCUACACAUGCAGUGCCUACAGCAACACCAACUCUGUCAGUGCCAGCACAGAGGUGAAGGUGCUGAGGAGCAGGCCUGCCACUGCCGGGAAUCGCGUGGGGGACCUGAGCAAAGAGUGCGUGGACCAACCACACCUGGCCAACUGUGAGCUGAUCUUGCAAGCCCAGCUCUGCAGCAAUGGAUAUUACUCCAGCUUCUGCUGUGCCAGCUGCUCUCGGGGCAGCCCUCCUCGUCACCACGGCUGACAGGCUGCCACGGCCACACCAAAGCACAGGUGACUGAUGAGGACAAGACUGGAAGGCUGAACCCUCUCCUCUUACCGCUCCGGGAGCUUUGCCUUGCUGUCGAGCUCAGGAGGAUGAGUGGAGCAGGAUGUAGUGGGUGUAACUGGUCGAAGGUGGGAGACCCCACCUGGUUGUGAAAUUCUCCUCCACCCCCCCACCUUGCUGUAGCUGAUACAUCUCUUCAGGGUGUUUAUUCACAGAGCAAGCUGACACUUGGAAUACGAGGAUGCUGUGACUUUAUAGAAGGCAUAUAACCUGCAUCAGAAAGAGAGACCAAUUCUUCAUGCAAGCACAAGAGAGGAGUGCUCUUAAGAAAAAAAAUCAGCCUCUGGAGUGCUUGAAGAUGGCCCUGAACCGUCCUAAAAAAAGCACUAAUGAGAGAUGAACACUUGUAAGCCUGGGGAACACUUUGCAUCUAAGUGCAAAGGAGAAAGGGCUUGAUGCCUAUAAGAAUAGUGUUCUGGUGGAAUGAGAUCAGUAGCUCUAAAGAUGCAGUGGUAAAAUCACCUUACUGUAGCUGUUUUCUUCCAGUAGACCUUAAGACAAAUUUCUGGUUGGGUCAGUUUGGUUUCUACUUGACUGUCAUCAGCUUUGGAGUGACACAGAGAAGCAAUGAUUCACAAAAAGAAAGCUUCAGAUGCCAUAGAAUGCUUUUUAGCCCGUCCUGAAUCUUAGGGGAAAUUUAGAUGAAUAUACCAGCACUGUUAUCUGUUCUGGGGUGAUGCAGUUUAAAUACCACUCACUUUAGGAAGGCUCAGCAGACAAUUAUAUUUUUCAUCCCUGAGCCAGAACUGUGCUGUUUGAUUUGUUGAAAAGCUGGGCACAGUGGUUGCCUUUCAGCUUGGCGAGGUGAAUAAUACACAGGUAGGUAUCUGCAUAGGGACAUUUGACUUGCCAGAAUAACCCUCUCAGUGAUCUGCUCUAAGCAGCCCAGAUCCACAUGUGGCUACCGUGGGCUAACAAGUGAGAUCUUCCAGGGGCAGAGCAGCUCUAGCUGAAAAUCCUUCUUCAUUUCAUGACUUACACUGAGAGGCAGUGAGCAUGCACAGCAGGCUCUGAGAAAGGUGGUCUUGGGUAUUAAGGAGUAUUUGUGGGGAGAUUAAGUUAUAUCAUGAGUUAUUAAACUGGGAAAGGCCCUUGGGUGUCUUCAGUAUCUCAAAAUAGAACUGUUUCUGAGCUAAAGCAUUUUUCACAGCUGUCAUACUAUUGGCUUAUCCUAGCAUCAGUCCUAACAGCCGCCCUCAUCCUCAUUUCAAACUCCCUGCUGAGACUUGGAUGUGUUAAUCAUAUUAAUUAGCACCAUCACCUGCUUGUUAUUUGCAUAGAUGUAGCUAUACAUUAGUAGACUGGUAUGUAGUGUUGAUUGUUGGUGUUUUGGCUGGGGAAGAUGGAGGAUUGGCCUUUUUUUUUCCAUUUUUUCCAUUUCCAUUUUUUCCCCCCUCUUCUCUUCUACUCUUUAACCAAAGGCUUCUAGAGAAAGCAGGUAAUUCAGAACUGUGCUCAUACCACUCUCCUCUACUUCAGACCUGGUAGUCAGGACAGCAGUAAUACAUAGGGAUAAAUCCCCAGGCUUGACAGCCUAAAGCUGGUUUGGACUCGAAAUCCCAUAAAACAGUUCAGCUGCACCUUGAAUAAGAAUUACUAACCUAACAAUUGCACUCUCCCCAGCAGAAGUAUGGCUCCAGGAUUAGACACACUGUUUUGUUAACAAACUGAGAAAUCCAGAAACAAUCCAGGAAAGGAGAGGUUACAGUUGAAUAGCUACUUGGGGUUGGGUCUUUCUGUGGUCUGAGAGAUUCUGCAUGCUAGAAAACACAAAACCACUUCUUUUGCAGUUAAAAUACCUUUCAUUUUAUUGAUCAGGAAAACUUUAUCUGCUGUAAUGGUAGGUGUUAUAGUGUAACUUCUGAAGUAGAAAUCAUUAGUACUAAAGAACAAUGAGAUGGGCCUGAAAACUUGUGUUUGUACAGAGCUUUGCAUUUUACAUCUCAAGACUGUCUGUGAGUGUGUGAAUAGGGUAUUUUUAGUAUAUUAGUAUCUAGUAAGGCUUUGCCUUUUGCCAUCAGGGACUAAUCACAGAUUAUAUAAAUUCCAGCCUUAAUGAAGCCCUCUCACACGUGGCAGUCAUGGUCUGUAGAUGUGCUCAGGUCCAUGGCUAGAAGUUGGUUGGUUGUUUCAGACUCAGUCCCAGAGUAAGCAGUCAGUUUUCUGUAAUACCCCUUUCUACUAUGUCAGAGGCACUAUUUUUAGCAGAUUUAAAUAUUCUGUGGAGUCAGCUUAAACUUACAUUGUGUGGUUGUAUAAGACAUGGCCAGGGAAUGCUUCCUCAGGAUUCAUGAGCACUGGAACAGGCACCUGGAAUCUGAUGGGCAGGACUCGACACUGACUGUGCCUUGGUUGUGUGCUUAUUCUGACCUUUAGCUGCAUAACCAUGGCAGUGGAAGGCAAGAAAUUUACUCCUUUAAAUACAAGCCAGGGCUGUAACAGUUAACUAAAGGUCUUUUUUUCCACGUCUUCUAUUUGGCAAGCUGAGCUUUCCUCUUUACGUAGUACCACUUAACUGCCUGAAUUUUGUGGGGUUCUGUUGUUGUUGGUUUUGGUUUUGGUUUAAGUGGAGAGUCACAAUUCUUCCCUAAACAAGGGAUUGUAGGAAGGUCUUAUCUCCUUUACUCUUAUCUCCAGGGCAGAGGAAGGGAGUAGCUACAGUGAGCUAUUUUUCAGUUGAUCUUGGGCCAAAGAAAUGGAACUAACAGAAUAAGCUCUAACAUGCUUUCUCUCCUAUUAUUUAUUACUGUCUACAACUGCCUACUUUCUAAAAGCAGGGAAAAAAAGGUCUGCUAUCAACUCAAAUACCAUAGGGAGGGUUGAUGAUUCUUGCUAUUGUAUCUCAGCAAAACUAGGUAAGAAUCUGCACAAAGUCCCAGCCUUACAGAUGAUGUGACUGUGAGAUCUGUUGACACUGUACUUGCCUGGAAAUGGAAACUGCUGGCAAACUCAAAUGCUAAGGCCAAACACAGGAAGCAUUUCUUCCCCUCCAAGUUAUGAAGUCUGACUUGUGUCUAAACUGACUGGGUAGGUAUCAGUUUGCUGUAGGAACAGAAAACGAGUGAAAAUACCCUGUCUUCUCAUAGGGCUCUUAAGACAUUCACUCCUUUUAGUAGUAAGGGUAGGAAAAACAAAGUGAGUUUUCCUUUUUUCCCCUUCUUGAACGUCUUCAUGUUUGUCUCCUUCUAAAUAUUCAGUGUUAGAAAAUACAGGGAUGCAAACCCAGAAUCUGAUGUUUUCAGUAAAGUACUUCAUUAUACACCUUUAAAUAGUUAUGAGUCAUAAAGAUAUUUGCAAGUUCAGUCUUAAAGUUCAGGGUAAACUAAAUGAGAGGUGUUAAGAUACCAUUAUUAAGCUUCUAGGUUGGCAAGCAGGGCUCAUCUAUAUUCACCUAUUAACCCAGAAAGUACCCAGAAAGGGAACAUCCUGAAAAAUAUAUGAAGGUGGGAAAUAGAGCCUUCACAGACAGUGUUUCUACCACCAACAUUUAUUUCUGUUAAAGCAGAUUAUAAAUCAUCAGUACAAAUAUAUAUAACUUACAUUUGCUUGUAAGGCCAAAGUUUAAAAGUAAAGUUAAAAUGAGAUGGUUUUCACAAGUCACCAGAGGCAGAACCUGGACCAGCUGCAGCCUCAACCACAAGGUUUCACAAAUCAGUGGAAAAAAAA